UUGGCAACAGCGGUCAGCUGUGUAAAUUGAACAAAAAGCGCUCACAUGUGCUACGGGUCUGAUUUUUUAAAGUAGUAAGAUCUCAAUAUUUUGUCAUGUCCAACGGCGAAGGUGGUGUCGGUGUCGUCCGCAGCGGCGGCGAUUCAGUCAAGCAGGCUAUUAUUGAGGAGCUACAGAAUCUGCUCAGUUCAGACACAAGAGUGCUGCAACAGGCGGAAAAGCGUACCAAGCAACUACAAUACACUGAAGGAUAUGGCGUGUACUUGUCGGAGAUUAUUAUGAAUCAGUCGCACGAGCUGCCACUACGUCAAAUUGCCAUCAGUAUGUUAACACGUUACGUGGAACACCACUGGACGGAUGGCGAAGAUUCGGAUAAGCCAAACGGUGGCAUGGCCAGUGAACAGGCCAAACGUACAAUCCGUAACAUACUCCCCAAUGGACUUUACGAUCCCAAUUCGAAAAUACGAUCCUCAGUAGCCCACACAAUAUCCACAAUAGCGGCGACCGAUUAUCCGCAGUGCUGGACGGAGCUCUUUGACAUCAUUGUCAAAUGUCUGAGCGGCAAUGAGGACUCCAUACAUGGAGCCAUGCAAGUGCUGCAGGAUUUCACAUAUGAUGUGGAUCAAAUCAAGGAGCUGGGACCAGUAGUUAUACCGGAGGUGUAUCGCAUAUUUGACUCUGAGCAGAAUUACACAAUUAAGACACGGGUCUCAGCCAUACGUACACUGAAGCAACUUUUUGCGUCCAUAUCAGCACUUAUUACUGACAAACAGGAGCAAAGUUCUAUGAUGAGCUCCAUACUCACCAAUUUCAUGGAUAAACUUGUGCAUUACCUCAGCAUGAAUUGCGGUGCUGGCUCCAGUUUUCUGUUGCGCUCCGAGAUUAUCAAAGUGUUUACAUAUCUGGUUACUGAGAUGCCUAGGUACAUAAAUCCAUUCAUGGAACGCAUAUUGCCCAUUAUCUGGCAGCUGCUCACACAAAUUGCCGAAACUUACGUCAAGGUAUCAGUUAACCAGACCGAGCCCAAUCCCCUGGCCAGCGGAACCAACGAAGAGGAUGACGAGCAGACCAACUUUCAAACAUUAAUCAUACAAAUUCUCGAGUUCAUUAACUGCAUUGUCACCUGCCCUAAACUGCGAGGCACCAUUAAGAAUGUGCUCGCGGACUUGAUCUACAUAACCAUCGUGUACAUUCAACUCAGCGAGGAGCAACUAGAGGACUGGCAAGAAGAUCCAGAAAAGUUUGUUGACGACGAAGAUGAAGGUGGCGUUGAGUUGACUGUUCGCAUGUGUGGCCUGGAUGUGUUGCUGGCCAUUAAUGAUGAGUUCGGUGUGAAGGCUAUUCAGCCAUUGCAGGAGGCGCUGGGUCGGCACUUUAACGUGGCCGAGGCGGAGAAGGCGGCUAACAAUCCGAAUUGGUGGAAGAUUCAGGAGGCCUGCAUGGACGCCGUACAUGGCUUUCGGGACGUUAUACUUGAGGGCGAUUCCAAAUUUGACUUGCUCAACUAUUUAACUAUUGUUCGCAAUUUGCUGGUGCACCAAGAAUCACCUCACCUGGUCGGCCGAGCUCUGUGGACUCUGAGCACAUACUCCAAGACGGAUUUGUACAAUCCGCAGAUGUUAUCUGAGAUUCUGGAUGUAACACUUUGCAGCUUAUCACCAGAUAAAUCACACAUUCUUCGCAUCAGCGCUGUCCGCUCCUUAAACGGUUUUCUGCAAGCCAACGAGAAUGUUGAAGGGGAGAAGCGAACAUUGCUCGUGUCAAAGCUACCGGGAUUUCUAGACGGCAUUAUGACGCUGGUACCCGGCUGUAAGGCAACUGUGCUGGCACUUCUCAUGGAAGCGCUCACUGUGAUGGUCAAGUUCGAUUCGAACUUUGCGUAUGCAGCUCAUGCAAAGAUAACUCCGCUCACGAUAGCGGCGUUUCUUAAAUACGCCGAAGAUCCGUAUGUUCUGGAGAACGUUCAGGAUCUGAUUAAGGCACUAAGCCAGCAGAAGCAAUGUCUGGGACCUUUGCAGGAGAAGUUUAUACCGACAAUUGUUAGCAUUCUGACUCUGCAAGGCGAACAUUGUAGCGAAAAGCAGGACAUUGCCUUGGACGUGCUCAAUACGAUUGUUAGGAACUCGGAAGCGCCGCUGCCCAGUGCACUGCUGGAGAACGCGUUUCCUGCCAUGAUUAACUGCGUCCUUCACACUGAUGAUCACACUGUAAUGGUAGCUGGUGGCGAGUGUCUGCGGAGCUUUAUUAACGUCUCGCCGGAGCAGAUCUUCAGCUACAAGAAUGGAGAAGGCGUCAACUAUGUUAUGCAAGUGGCAACUGUGCUCCUGAAUCCAAUGAAUACCGAAAUGACGGCCGGUGGUCAAAUUGGACGACUUGUUAUUACUAUCAUUACAAAAAUGGGUAACAUGCUGGGCCAAACGGUCGACAUGUUGCUUAAGGCCGUUAUCAGCAAGAUGCAGAACCUCGAGUGCCUUAAGGUUAUUAUGAACUUGGUGCUAAUAUUCGCCCAUCUCUUCCUUACCCAAAUGGAUGCGGUUCUUAACUUUCUGUCCACCGUGCCUGGACCCAACGGAGAGCCUGCCAUGCAGUUUGUACUCACCAAUUGGCUUUCGCGUCAGACGUCCUUCUUUGGUGCUUAUGAACGCAAAGUUACCACGAUGGCCCUGUGCAAGCUAUUCGAAUAUGGUGUGGCUACACAGGACAAUCGUUUGACUUCCAUAACCUACAAGGAACAAGUCGAGGAGCCAAGUGGCGAUCGCAUGCGCACGCGCUCAGCUUCAUCCAAUUGUCAGAAAUGGGUGUCAAUUCCAGCUCUUGUGAAGAUCUUCAAAGUGCUCAUAUCCGAGUAUCAAAAUUUUCAAGAGGGUAAACUUGAUGCACCGCUUACAGAUUCCGAGGAUGAGGUCACUGAGGAGGAUGAUGCGCCUGGCACUGCGGCUAAACCGCGCUACGUCUCAGAUCUUUGCUUCGAAAUGGAGGAAGACGACGCAGAAGAUGAACAACUACUACAGACGCUGCUUAAGGAGUCCAACUACACUAGCGACAUUGGCGAGAACUUGCACAAAUUUUUAACGAACUUCACUCAAAACGAGCAUUUUCCCACAUUUUUCGAGCAUCUUAAUGAGAGCGAACGUCGCAUUCUGCUCAUGAAGGUACAGCACAAAUAAUCAAAAGCGAGACAAUCAAUCAUCGACCGCGUAUCAAAUCUAAACAAUGCCCAGCAGCCCAUUGUGUUAAUCAUAUUUAUUUUGUAUCAACCAUUUAAUAAAUGAAAUUUAUAUACUA